CACACCCAGCGCCGGCUCCGGGCGCGCGCACACGCAGGUAGCGACACUCACCUGGGCCCGAGCUCACGGCUCCUGCCUCCUCGGGAGCCGCGGCCUGGGCCGGAAAGGGGCCCACUGCGCUGCUGGAGUUGGGGAAGCGGGAGCACCCCCAAAGCGGACCUGCGAAUUGAGGUGAUGGCGCGUUUUCCUUAAACCCCCUUCUCCCCACUCCUGCACCUCUGCCUGCUCGUCUCCGGCCGGAGAAGCCUGGAGAGGGGGGCCCCGGGGGCGGUGCACACUCGGGCGCACUCUCCUAGGCGAGCGCCGCGAGAGGGGCGCGGCGGCGCCGGCGCAGGAAACUUGGGCGAAGUUAGUUGGAAGUGCCAGGCCGCGGCCUCGAGGAGCCAGGAGGGAACGCGGUCCGUGCGGGGCCCCCGCGCAGAGCCGAAGCAGGGCUGCCCCCCACCCGGCGCGCUCCGGGAGCUUGAGUCGGCCGGCGCGCCAGGAGGGGCUUGGAGCCAGCGGAGCCACCGGAGCCAGCAUGGCCCGGGGGACGGCGAGACGCGGCGCCUCGGCGAGCCGGGAGGAUUUCCUUUGAGGCCCGGCGAUCCCAGGCUUGCUCAAGCCUCAUCCAACCUCCUUCCUUGACCGGCAACCGAGAGGAAGGAAGACCCACGAGGCAGGUGCUGGGGCGCGGACGCCCCCCUCCACAAAAAAAGCCCCAGCCCACUGAGGGGGGGUUCUCAUCAGCACUCCCUGCCUACCCCGAGUGAGGAAGAUCGUCUGGUGCUGCUGUAUUUGUAUUUAUAUGCAUUGCUGCGCUCUGCGUUCCCGUGGUGCGUCCGGGACCCUCCUCCGGCUCCCCCCUCCUCUUCCUCCUCCGGGGCUACCUCCCCUCCUCCCCCACCCCCAUCUGCUACUGUCAAAUGAGAAAGUCACCGAGGAGAACCCAAACACUCCAGCCGCCGAGAGCCCCCUUUGGCACUUGGCAGCACGCGGCAGCUGAUUCCUCGGCUCAACUUGGUGGAGCCUACGCGACGCAACUUUUCGGGCUGCUGUGCAUUUAGGAGAGAAAAGACCGAGGAGGGGGAGAACGUUGCCGGGCGGCGGCCACCUGCGGGGAGUUCGCAAGCGAACGCAACCGGAGAGGAAGGACAAAAAGAAAGCAAAGAGCAAACUGCCACCGCGGGGUGGGGGUACCGCCGAGAAGUUACCGUGCCCCGGAGAGGAUUUUCCCAAGGGUUUGGCCGGAGAGAGCAGGGCGGCCCGGGGCGCGGCGCGGCCCUGCGCUGGUCCCCUGGCCCCCUCCUCCCGGACAGGAGCGACACCGGGGUGCGAAGUGGGGCGCGGCGAGCGCGGCGGGCCGAACGGGUCCCCGCGGACAGCAAACAUUGAUUUCCUCCAGGCCGAGAGCGACGGCCCGGGCGGCGGCGGCGGCGGGCUGCAGCCGCGGCACGGCGAGAGCAUGUCCAAGCCCGUGGACCACGUCAAGCGGCCCAUGAACGCCUUCAUGGUGUGGUCGCGGGCUCAGCGGCGCAAGAUGGCCCAGGAGAACCCGAAGAUGCACAACUCGGAGAUCAGCAAGCGCCUGGGCGCCGAGUGGAAGCUGCUCACCGAGUCGGAGAAGCGGCCGUUCAUCGACGAGGCGAAGCGCCUGCGCGCCAUGCACAUGAAGGAGCACCCCGACUACAAGUACCGGCCGCGGCGAAAGCCCAAGACACUGCUCAAGAAGGACAAGUUUGCCUUCCCGGUGCCCUACGGCCUGAGCGGCGUGGCCGACGCCGAGCACCCGGCGCUCAAGGCGGGUGCCGGGCUGCACGCGGGCGCAGGCGGCGGCCUGGUGCCCGAGUCGCUGCUAGCUAACCCCGAGAAGGCGGCCGCCGCCGCCGCCGCGGCUGCCGCGCGCGUCUUCUUCCCGCAGUCGGCCGCCGCCGCAGCCGCCGCGGCCGCCGCCGCCGCCGCCGGCAGCCCCUACUCGUUGCUCGACCUGGGCUCCAAGAUGGCAGAGAUCUCGUCGUCGUCGUCCGGCCUCCCGUACGCGUCGUCGCUGGGCUACCCGACUGCGGGCGCGGGCGCCUUUCACGGCGCGGCGGCGGCGGCUGCAGCGGCGGCCGCGGCCGCCGGGGGGCACACGCACUCGCACCCCAGCCCGGGCAACCCGGGCUACAUGAUACCUUGCAACUGCAGCGCGUGGCCCAGCCCCGGGCUGCAGCCGCCGCUCGCCUACAUUCUGCUGCCGGGCAUGGGCAAGCCUCAGCUGGACCCCUACCCCGCGGCCUACGCCGCCGCGCUAUGACCCCGCGGGGCCGCCUCGCGAGGACCAGUGUGCACACGUGUACAUAUGUAUAGGUACGAACUCUGCGGCCUCCCCGCGUGCCCUCCCUCGACGGGGGCCCCGGUUUGUAUGUACAUACGAUGUAUAGGUGCCAGGCGGAG